AUGCCACUUCCAGCACUUCCAUCGUCCUCAUUGCCAUCUACAGCGCCACUUCUUUCAUCACAAACUCCGCUAAUACCGGCACUCUUGAUUGCCCCAACAUUCGGACUGGUGGUGAAUUCACAAGGCACGUUUUGGCCAGGCGUAUUGAUUGACUGUCACUCCGGGUCCAACACUUAUGCCCGACAUCCAGUUCUUCUAGAAGACCUGGGCGCUAGUGACCGGGAGCGAGAGAGGAAGAGGCACAGAGAUAUGUCCGCGGACUUUGCGUAUGCCGUUUGUUCAAGCAAUAAGGGGCUGGGGCUUUUAGCAACUUCUUGUCGUGCCUGGCUUCUCCAGUCGAUCAAUCAGUCCCUUGGAGGAUACGCCUGA